CGGCGAGAGCUGCCGAGACGGCGGAAGCGGAUCAUCGCGCAGGCGCGCUGCGUGGCGGCCGGAGCGGGGGAGGGCGAGAGAAGGCCGAGCAGGCAGAUCGGAUCGUCGCCGGGAAGCCACCAUGGAGGCGCGGGGGCAGCCGCAGUCGCCGGCAGCGAACCGGAUGAGCCAGGGCGACUCCAACCCGGCGGCGACGCCCCACAUCGCGGAAGACGUGCAGGGCGACGGCCGGUGGAUGUCCCAGCACAGCCGAUUCGUCCUGGACUGCAAGGACAAGGAGCCCGACGUGCUGUUCGUGGGCGACUCCAUGGUGCAGCUGCUGCAGCAAUACGAGAUAUGGCGAGAACUUUUUUCACCAUUACAUGCACUGAAUUUUGGGAUUGGUGGAGACACUACAGGACAUGUUUUGUGGAGACUGAAGAACGGUGAACUGGAAAAUAUUAAGCCCAAGGUCAUCGUUGUUUGGGUUGGAACAAACAACUAUGAAAACACAGCAGAGGAAAUAGCUGGUGGAAUAGAGGCCAUUGUGAGACUGAUCAAUAUUCAGCAGCCCCAGGCUAAGAUUAUUGUACUGGGCCUGCUCCCUCGAGGCGAGAAGCCAAACCCCCUGCGGCAGAAGAACUCCAAGGUGAACCAUCUCUUGAAGACCUCCCUGCCAAAGCUGGCUGGAGUCCAGCUGCUGGAUGUGGAUGGGGGCUUUGUGCACUCGGAUGGCACCAUUUCAUGCCAUGACAUGUUCGAUUUUCUGCACCUAACGGGUGCUGGCUACACAAAGAUCUGCAAACCCCUCCAUGAACUCAUCAUGCAGCUGCUGGAGGAAACCCCAGAAGAGAAACAGGCAACUCUGGCCUGACAGCCUCCCAUCCAGCCCCAUCCCAGCGCCAUCAGCCCAGUUCUUUUUUCCAUGGCACUACUGAAUCCUCGCUCGACGUGCUUUCCAUUGUUGAAUGUUACUGGGUGUUGUGUUUAGCACUGGAAAAGGGAGGUGGGGGGUAGCGUGGCCAGUUUCACAGCCUGUGGCUGGCCAAAGAUCUCCCAAGGCCUCUUUGCUCACUUGGCCUGAACAGGUUUCCUCUAACAGGAACAGGAUCUCCCCUAAGCCGUUUCUUGCUCGUGGGUUGAGCAUGCUGGUCAGCAACCUGCUGGCUUCUUCUGCUCUCAUUCCCAUUCCCGACUCCUCGAUAUCCAGGCUGUCUUCAAAGCUGAAAUGCCUAAACUCAUUGGUCGUACUCACAUUCCAGCCCCUGAACUGAAAAGUAGCUGCUUCUUUAAAAAUUGGAAUUGUUUGAAGAGUUUUUAUAUUUACUGGGUUUGGGUUUUUGUUUUAAGUGAUAUUAGCUGCUUUCUUGCUUUGGGAAACAAACAAACCAGAACAGGAGACAGCUACUUGUGACAACUUGAUACUUGCGAACAAUUAUGUGUUGAAUGAGUGAA